CGGGCGCGCGCGUUAAUGCCUAGGCUGUCCUGCGGCUGCAAGUUCGCGGACCCCGACAGCGCGGCGGUGCGGCCGGACACGAUGAGCUGCGGCAGCGGCGGCGGCAGCGGCGGCGGCGGCGGCGGGAGCGGGGAGUUCAGGCGGGCGGCGCGGCCGAGCAAGGUCGCGGCCGACGACUCGGCGGAGCCCGCGCGGUGCUCGGACGCCGCGGCGGCGUCCCCCGCGUCCUGGAUUGACAGGAAGCUGCUCGUCGACCCCAAGAUGUUGUUCGUCGGAUCCAAGAUCGGGGAGGGGGCGCACGGGAAGGUCUACAAGGGGAAGUACGGUGAUCAGAUUGUAGCCAUAAAGGUUCUUAACAAUGGCAGUACCCCCGAAGAAAGAGCGACCCUUGAAGAUCGCUUCAUUCGAGAAGUAAAUAUGAUGUGUAAAGUAAAACAUGAUAAUCUUGUGAAGUUCAUUGGAGCUUGCAAGGAACCAUUGAUGGUGAUUGUAAGUGAGCUGCUGCCAGGGAUGUCAUUGAAAAACUACUUGAACAGCAUCCGGCCCAGCCAACUAGAUAUCCAUACUGCAUUAGGCUAUGCACUCAAUAUAGCUCAUGCCAUGGAAUGCUUGCAUGCCAAUGGAAUAAUACACAGAGACCUGAAACCUGAUAAUUUGUUGCUUACUGCAAACCGAAAGAAGCUGAAGCUUACCGAUUUUGGACUUGCACGUGAGGAAACAGUCACCGAAAUGAUGACAGCUGAAACUGGGACAUACCGCUGGAUGGCCCCAGAGUUAUACAGCACAGUCACACUUCAACGUGGUGAGAAGAAGCACUACACAAAUAAAGUGGACGUGUACAGCUUUGGCAUCGUCCUGUGGGAGCUGUUGACCAAUAAAAUGCCAUUCGAAGGCAUGUCGAAUCUACAAGCUGCAUAUGCUGCAGCUUUUAAACAAGUACGCCCAGCUUUUCCUGAGGAGACCCCCAAGGAUCUUGCGUUCAUCGUUGAAUCAUGCUGGGUCGAGGAUCCCGCCAUGCGACCCAGCUUCAGCGAGAUCAUCCGCAUGCUGGAUGCUUUCCUCAUGACAAUACCUCCCCCACCCCCUUCGGAGCCAGACGAAGACGCGGAGUCAGAAGACACAACAUCAUCGCUGAGCAGCAAGAGCUCCUCCGUCUCCUCCAUCGUUUCCCGUGCAACAAGCAAGCUCUCGGUCGUCCGCCAUCUCUUCGCCUCGAAAAAGGCAAGCAAUGGGAGGGCAUGAUACCAUACAUGUCCUGAGACGUUUCUUCCUUGGCGCUGUAAAGAAUGUUAGCCUAGGUUAAUGAUGAUGAUACAGUGGGAGGGGAUGAUACAAGAGAGGGAUCUUGUUUAGUGUAGGCUUAGCUUGUUUGUAUCGAUGAUACAGAAGAAGAAAAGGCUGAAAUGCAACUUAUGCAAGCUAUGUAUAGCUGACAGCUGCUCUCUACCAAGACUUGUGUAUGCUCAUGUGGCAAUCCUUCUGUUGUUUU